AUGACGAUCAUUCUUUUGCAAGAAAAACUAAACUUUGUUAACGGGCUGAAAAAUGAAGACAAAUCAUUUAUUUCGUUUGUCACUUCUGUCAAUUUGUGUCAUUGUAUUCUGAUUGUCAUUAUCGUCUGUGCUAUUAUGAUUUUUGUUGUUUUUGGUGGUGAUGGUGUUACCACUGUCGUUGUCGUCAUCACUGUUGUGUUUUUUUUAACAUCUCUGUCCAUUCACAAUUGUGUAUUUUUAUGA